AGACGCACCCGUUUCCGGUGUGUGACGUGUAACGGGAAGGGCCACUUCCGGGCUUUUCAGCUGGACCGACAGAGCGGAUAGAGAGGAGAGAGAUAGAUAGGGAGGAAGAGGAGACCCCGAGGGAGAAGAGGCUGAGCAGAAGCCACCAUGAAGUUGUACAGCUUGAGUAUACUCUACAAGGGGGAUUGCAAGGUCCAUCUCCUUAAAAGUGCCUACGAUGUCUCCUCAUUCAGCUUCUUCCAGAGGUCCAGUUUGCAAGAGUUUAUGACAUUUACAAGCCAGCUGAUUGUUGAGCGGUCAGAGAAGGGGAGCCGAUCGUCUGUGAAAGAACAAGAAUAUCUUUGCCAUGUUUAUGUGCGGAAUGACUCCCUGGCAGGCGUAGUAAUUGCUGAUGCAGAGUAUCCUCAAAGAGUUUGCUUCACACUCCUUGAAAAGGUUCUGGAGGAAUUCUCCACCCAGGUGGACAGGAUAGACUGGCCAUCUGGCUCUCCAGCCACUAUUCAGUACAAUGCCUUGGAUUCUUAUCUAGCUAAGUAUCAGAAUCCUCGGGAUGCUGAUCCAAUGAGUAAAGUACAGGCUGAGCUGGACGAAACCAAAAUUAUCCUGCACAACACUAUGGAGUCCUUAUUACAGCGUGGAGAAAAACUGGAUGACUUAGUCAGUAAAUCAGAAGUACUGGGAACCCAGUCCAAAGCAUUCUACAAAACGGCGCGGAAGCAGAACUCAUGCUGCGGAAUCAUGUGACGUGAGCAGGGCGGGGCCGAUCGGAUGCAGGACAAUGAACAAACAUGAUAUUCAGGGGGCUGACCUACCAAAUCUGCUAAUGUCUAGCCCUCUCCAUCCCCAACAGGGGGCAGCCAUAUCGGCACUGCCCUUGGGUCACUAUCCUUACUCCAUUAUCAAAUGUGGAGAAGGUCUUUUUAACGUUGUCUGUUGAUGUGUGUUCAGUUUUUACUGCAAGAUCAGAUUUCCCACUAAGCUGUCCCUUACCACAGGUCCCCCAGCUGGGGGAUUACCUGGUCAUUGUCUGUUCGAUGCAAACAUUCCUCCUGAGAUGUAUAGUGGUACAAAGUAUUGCCAUAUAUACUGUACAUCAAAAACAAAUGUCAUUUAAGCUGCAAAGUGGUGUUGAGUAUUAAUAGUUGAUCAUGAACACGUAAAACAGACUAUAUACUAAUCGUACCCCAACAUGAUCUCUCUUCGGAAGGAUGGGGCUCAGACUUUUUAUUUUAUUUUUUUCCCCCAUACCUUUUACAAUAAAGAUGUGCAUUUGAAUGUCAUGUUAACCCCUUUCAUGCCAGCAAACCUGACUCCACCUAGUCACGGUUAACCUCUUAACUGAAUGAAGAAUGGAGCCAAGCUGAAGGGGUUACAAUCGAAACCAAACCUGUAUGUUCAUAACGCACCUAAACAAACAAUCUGGACUUUGCGAAUUAACCCUUUCUUGCUUUAUGCCGAAGAUCUUGCGUCUCUUUAAUAGUGUCUUAUCCAAGUACAGCUCAAGAGUCGCGUUUGGAUGCCUCUACUUUUUGCUGAAAGGGUUUAUUCUCAUGCUGUAUAGCUAACUUAUUAAUGUAUUUCAGUGUUUUUUUUCUCUUUGUUUAUUCACUUGUGAAUAUUAUUUUUUUUCCUCAAUUAUUUCUUGGCAAAAUUGUAUUUUAAUAAAGAUUGGCUAAACCUUUCUGUACCAAAUGCUGGAUAAGACGAUAAAGUAAAUUUGUAGGUGUUUCAAA